GUGUGUGUGUGUGAGUGAGUGAGUGAGAGAGAGCUCAGACAGCCCUGCCUCUGCCUCCUCGCUCUCUCUCUGUCACACACACGCAGACAAGCAGGUGUUUUUGACAGCAACUCGCGCUUCCUCUGCUGCGGACACAUUUUCAGUCGUAACGUCUUUUCCUACGCAAACACCGUCACCAUGUUGUGGACUGCGACCCAAGCCUUACGGAGGUUCUCCACGUCGUCUAAUUAUUACCAAAAUAAGCUAAAACUAGCAAUUAUUGGCCAGAGUCUGUUUGGCCAGGAGGUGUACAGCAGCCUGAGGAAGCAGGGUCACAGAGUGGUGGGUGUGUUUACUGUACCUGACAAGGAUGGCAAAGCUGAUCCACUGGCUGUGGCGGCAGAGAAAGACGGGACGCCAGUGUUCAAGUUCCCACGAUGGCGUGUCAAGGGUAAACCCAUCCCGGAGGUAUUGGAGGCCUACAAUGCGGUGGGCGCUGAGCUCAAUGUCAUGCCCUUCUGCUCCCAGUUCAUUCCCAUGAACAUCAUUGACCAUCCCAAGCAUGGCUCCAUCAUCUAUCACCCUUCCAUCCUACCACGGCACAGAGGAGCCUCGGCCAUCAACUGGACCCUGAUUGAAGGUGAUAAGAAAGCUGGCUUCACAGUGUUUUGGGCUGACGAUGGACUGGACACGGGACCCAUCCUGCUGCAGAAGGACUGUGCUGUUGAGCCCAAUGACACCGUGGACACACUCUACAACCGUUUCCUCUUCCCGGAGGGCAUCAAAGCCAUGGUGGAGUCAGUACAGCUCAUCGCUGACGGAAAAGCUCCCAAAGUUCCACAGACAGAGGAAGGAGCGAGCUAUGAAGGCAUCCAGAAGAGGUCCAACUCCAAGAUCAACCUGGCCCAGCCAGCUGAGGCCAUCCACAACUGGAUCCGUGGACAUGACAAAGUCCCUGGUGCCUGGACUGUCAUUGAUGGUCAGUCUGUGACCCUGUAUGGCUCGUCCAUGUUAGGCGGGUCAGUACCUGCUGGUCAGCCCCUGGAGAUCGAGGGGGCGUCGCAGCCCUGCCUGGUCACCAAGAACGGGCUUGUCCUGUACGGGACUGAUGGAAAGGCGCUCAUGGUGAAGAGCCUGCAGUUUGAGGACGGAAAGAUGAUCCAAGCUUCCAAAUACUUCUCCUCUGGGGAAAGCUCCAGUGUGGAGUUGACUGAUGAGGAGAAGAAAAUGGCAGAGGAGAUCAGGAACAUCUGGAAAGGCAUUCUCAGCAAUGUGCCCACCAUUGAGGAAACCACAGACUUCUUCAAAUCUGGAGCUGCCUCCAUGGAUGUGGUCAGGCUGGUGGAGGAGGUGAAGCAGAAAUGCGCUGGUGUGCAGCUUCAAAACGAAGACGUGUACAUGGCCCCCACCUUCCAGGACUUCAUCCAGAUGUUCGUCCGCAGGCUGAGAGGAGAAGACCAGGAGGAGGAGCUGGUCAUUGACUAUGCAACCAAAGACGCGAACAACAUGACACUGAAAAUGCCACACCAGUGCUUUAUCAACGGCAAGUUCGAGGAUGCAGAAAACGAAAAGACGUAUAACACCAUCAAUCCUACAGACGGAUCUGUGAUCUGCAAAGUGUCCUAUGCCUCAGUGGGGGAUGUGGACCGUGCAGUGGCAGCUGCCAAAGAAGCUUUUAAUAAUGGGCCCUGGGGCAGGAUGAACCCCAGAGACAGAGGAAGUCUACUAUACAAGAUUGCUGACCUGAUGGAAGAACACCAGGAGGAGCUGGCCACCAUCGAGUCCAUUGACUCAGGUGCUGUGUACACACUGGCCCUGAAGACCCAUGUAGGCAUGUCCAUCCAGACCUUCCGUUACUUCGCCGGCUGGUGUGACAAGAUCCAGGGCAAGACCAUCCCCAUCAACCAGGCCAGACCCAACCGCAAUCUGACCUUCACCAGGAAAGAACCUCUGGGUGUGUGUGCCAUCAUCAUUCCAUGGAACUACCCUCUAAUGAUGCUGGCAUGGAAGAGUGCAGCCUGCCUUGCUGCUGGAAACACACUUGUGCUUAAACCUGCUCAGGUCACUCCCCUGACAGCACUGAAGUUUGCUGAGCUGUCAGUGAAAGCUGGUAUUCCCAAAGGAGUUAUCAACAUUUUGCCAGGCUCAGGUGGGAUGGUGGGACAGCGUCUGUCCGAUCACCCUGACAUACGCAAGCUGGGCUUCACGGGCUCCACACCGAUCGGCAAACAGAUCAUGAAGAGCUGUGCACUCAGUAACUUGAAGAAGGUUUCUCUGGAGCUGGGAGGGAAGUCGCCUCUCAUCAUCUUCAGUGACUGUGACAUGGACAAGGCGGUUCGAAUGGGCAUGAGCUCUGUAUAUUUCAACAAAGGGGAGAACUGCAUUGCUGCUGGUCGUCUGUUUGUGGAGGAAUCCAUACAUGAUGAGUACAUCAGCCGGGUGGUGGAGGAGAUCAAGAAGAUGAAGAUUGGAGAUCCUCUGGAUCGCUCCACAGACCACGGGCCACAGAAUCACAAAGCUCACAUGGACAAGCUGCUGGAGUACUGCGACAUUGGAGUGAAGGAGGGAGCCACGCUGGUGUACGGAGGCAGACAGGUUGACAGGCCAGGUUUUUUCAUGGAGCCCACUGUGUUCACUGGUGUGGAGGACCACAUGUUCCUGGCCAAAGAGGAGUCCUUUGGCCCCAUCAUGGUGGUGUCCAAAUUCAAAAACGGCGAUGUGGACGGUGUGCUGCAGAGAGCCAACGACACGGAGUACGGCCUGGCCUCUGGAGUCUUCACCCGCGACAUCAACAAGGCCAUGUACGUGAGCGAGCGACUGGAAGCGGGAACCGUGUUCGUCAACACUUAUAACAAGACCGACGUGGCUUCGCCUUUUGGAGGCUUCAAACAGUCCGGCUUCGGCAAAGACCUCGGAGAGGACGCGCUCCUGGAAUACCUCAAGACCAAAGCAGUGACUGUGGAGUACUGAAAGCCAGACUCUCCCUCAGAACUCUGACUCACACAGGAAGAGGAGAGGACUCCCCUGUCUGCUUCACAUCCACCUUCAUUUGAACAGUUUCUUAUGUGUGUGACUGUGGGAGUGAAAGGAGAGCGUAGUUGUGAGUGUGAGUGUGAGUGUGUGUGUGUGGGCCACAGUUUGGACAGUGUUGCCUGUCAUCUCUCGCCUGUCAUGGAUACGGGACAUGUGACUUUUUUAUUUUUUUUUUUCUUACAUAAAAUCCACCCAGCUUGGAUGCUGCCUCUGACUGUGACGUCAAGGUUCCAUAAAGGAGUGUGUCACCCCACAACACUCUCUCAAACUUCCACCUGAAACCUAUUUUUAGAAUCAGAAUUUACCAAUUGGAUAAAUGUUAUAUCUAUACUAUCAUUUUUAAACUCUUUAAUUUGCUGUAUCUCCAAUCCAUGGAUCUGAACUUCCAUGUGACACGUUAAAGCACGGGUCAGUAAGUGUGGAAAAGCUAGCAUUAGCACACUGCAAAAUGUACCUCAUGCACCCGGCCCCCUCCCCUCCCCUCCCCUCCCAUCAGCAAUCUUGCAAGAGCCCCGCCCCUAUCACACAGGAAGUAGUUGUCUGCAGUGGAACUUUUGUGUUUUUUCAUACUUGCUAGCUUGCUAACUUCAGGCUAUCUCUGGCUUGUUGGGAAGAAGUAGACGGGUUUUUUGUCACAGACGGGUACAUCAGCCAAUCAUUCAGUGUUGCCAGGGCUACAGAGGGAAACUUUUUCUUUUUCUUG